ACCAAAGCUUCAAACUCUCUUCAGCAAUCCCACGUCUGAAAUCAGCCGAUCAAUUUCUCUCCAUUUCAUUUCAAUUCCAAAACAAAAGCUCCCAUUUUUAUUGCUCUUUCUCUUCUUCGAACCCUCACGCGCUUCAAUCGAGCUUCGCUUCUGGCCGGAAUCGCCAAUGAGAUUAGGGUUUCUGCUCCGGUGAUGCCUGGUUCUCUAGCCCCAACUGAAAGCCCUAAUUUUUUCGACUGAACACAACCUAGGGUUUCGAAUAUGUCAGGGUCUUCCAGGGGCCACGUCACCAUCACGCUUGGCCGUGGCCAGGUAGUGAAGAGGUCGAGUUCAGGUGCUGAGUCUCUUCCCACGGCCGGGACGAAGCGGUCGGUUAGAGAUAGGUUAGGGAGUAAUGCUGAUAGCUCUGUGUCCAAUGGAAGUUUACGCAGCAGCAACAAACGCCAGCGAGGACAUAGUGGUGUGUCAAGUUUGAACUCCAAUGGGUCUGAUGAUGCGCGCAUUGGUAAAGAUGAUCUCCGGUUUAAACUCAUGCGAAAAAAUGCAUUUAGACGAGCUAGAAGUGAUGAUGAUGAUCAGAGGCAUGGAGAUCUUCGUGAGAAGCUGACAAAGGCAGUUCAGCGUCCUGUUCCUAGCAUUGAAUCACGGUCCCAGCAGCGCCUGCCUGAACCACUAGAGAAUGGUUUUUUUAGUCGAGUUCCUUCUAUGAGAAAUGCAGAUAUUUUUCCUCGAGGCCCUGUUACAAGAAGUGCAGAUGAUUUGCCUCGAGGCCCUGCUCCAAGAAGUGCAGAUGAUUUGCCUCAUAUGGACUCGUUGAGAAAUUCUUAUUCUCCUUGGACACUGGACCAUUUACGUCAAAGAUCCCCAGAGAGAGUUCAAGUCACUUAUAGGGUUCUCUCCCCUCAGAGGAAUGUAGAAGACUUGCAGAGAAGGCCAUUAAACAGGACAUAUGAUGAUGUCAGAUCAGUUCCAUAUAUGAAAAAUGGUGUUCUAGAUGCUACAAGGCCUGCAAGUACUGCACCUUUCAUGUCUAAUUCGGCAUUGCCUCCUGGAUCUGCAAGGCAUAUGGCACCUGUCCCGCUCCAAAUGAACCAAGCUCCUCCACUGAGUAGCACUGUACAGAAACCUCCAUACAUUGGUGAUGAACACCAGACAGUAGAUGGCUUGCUGCAACACCUCGGGUUGGGAAAAUAUGCCAUUAUAUUUAAGGCUGAGGAAAUUGAUAUGACUGCAUUGAAGCAGAUGGGAGAAAAUGACCUCAAAGAGCUGGGAAUACCUAUGGGACCUAGGAAAAAGCUCCUGCUUGCUCUGUUGCCUCGUUCUAAGCGGCCACUGGCCACAACAAUACGUUAGGAGCUGAUAUGUUGGGAUUAUCAAUUACUUCACUGUCAUUGAGUGCUCUCUUGCCUUGUCCUAAGCAGUUUAUCACCACGAAUAUACGUUAUAGGCUGAUAUGUUGUGAGCAUUAGUUAGUUUUCUAUUAUUGAAAGUUCCAUGUUAGAAAGUCUUUUACAUGAAAUGAUUCAGGCUUUCAGCUUUUAUACUAAUCAGUUGCCAUAAUUGAAAGUAUGAAAAACUGCUUCUGUUUAUACUAAUUGAUGGUGACAAGAAAUUUUGCGAUGUAGGAUCUUUCAUUCCCUUUUCUUUGUCUACUAGAACUGGAAAUUGUUUGACUCCUGUUCAUAGAAUUUAUAUAUGAUCUGAUGAAGACUUUGAGCA